AGAAGGAGCGAGGCCAUCAACCCACGGCCCAUUGCUCCUGAUAACUACAAUACGUCCUGUUUGCAGAGGCUGGUGGAGGGGACAGGGAUCAAUAUACCACUCCUCACUCACACACUCCCUGGCCAUCAAACAAAUAUGGAGAAAUAGGCUUCCUCUGAAACUAAGGUCACGGGGUUCAUUCCUCUCACCUACCCCCACCCAAGGAAUAUAGUCUAAGAGAAGAGUACCAGGUCUCUGACCCCAAGGAUACGGUGGGAGCCACCACUCAUGACCUGGGGAGCAUGUCCCUGUCACUUGCCUGCCCCAUGUGCCCAGCUAAUGAGCUCCCUCGCUUCCGUUUCCCAAACCCCAGAUGACUGACUAAGACUGCGUGACAGGGUGGGGCAGAGGUGGCGGGUUCUGCCUAUGCCCCAUGCCCAUUUCUCUUGCUGUGGGGAGGCUGGCCUCAUGCCAGAGGAGGCUUUGGGAGGGACUUUGAGGGCUUUAUAAGGCAGGCCUGGAGCAUCAAGAAGAGCAGAGAGCUGACCCUGCUACUGCACCACCCGCCUCCCAGCUCUGCAGACAAGAUGCAGCGACUGUGUGUAUAUGCGCUGGUUUUGGUGCUGGCUCUGGCUGCCUUCUCUGAAGCUUCUUGGAAGCCCCGCUCGCAGCUGCAGGAUGAGCCCUUGGGUCCUGUGACCAAUAAAGGCCUGGAGCCACAGUGGCUGGACCGAAGGCAGCUAGGGCCCCGGGGGCCCCCACACCUUGUGGCAGACCUGUCCAAGAAGCAGGGGCCAUGGAUGGAGGAAGAAGAAGCAGCAUAUGGAUGGAUGGACUUCGGCCGCCGCAGUGCUGAGGAAGGAGACCAGCAUCCCUAGAACCAAGCUUCAGAGCUCCGCCACCUCCCACCCCACCAUAGCCCCACCCUCUAAAAAGCAAAUCAGAAU